UCUUGUUUUGGAGAAGUUAGUUAAUAUUAUGGCUCCGAAUGAUAUAUGCUAACAUCUGUGUUUGCAGGCAUGUUAUAUGGAGGUAGUAAGGAAGCUGCUGCUUCAGUUAGCAAAGAUGCAGAAGUAAUGUUGAAGCUUGGCAGCACUCCAGAUAAACGAGAGCAGUAUCGGUUGAUGCGGAAUGCGAUGGAAAAAAGGUUUAUCCGAGUCACUCGUGGCUCAAUUGUAGGUGGAGUUCGACUUGGAAUGUUCACUGCUGGAUUCUAUGGUUUACAAAAUUUGUUGGCUGAGAAACGGGGUGUCCAUGAUGUAUUCAAUGUUGUUGGUGCUGGUUCUGCAACUGCUGCAACCUUUGGUCUAAUUAUGCCUGGGUCUCUUCAAUGGCGUGCAAGGAACGUGGUGCUAGGUUCAGUCCUUGGAGCAGCUUUUUGUUUUCCUCUUGGUGUCACAACUAUUGCUGGAGGAAAGUCGAAUGUUGCAGGAUAUAGGGAUGAGCCUAGUGAGGAUGCAAAGUUCUCGAAUGAUUUUGAUGUGGUAUAUGUUCGACCGACCUGUUCCUUGUUACUUGUUAGUUAUCGAUAGAGGAAAUGCUGCUCUUCGACAAAUUUCACUUAACCAAGAUGAUUGUGAUUAUCAGUAUAGUUCAGUUUCUCCCACAGGUUAUUCCCCUAUUUGUUUGCUUUUCAUCCCAAUCAUUGGAAACAUUAACAAUCAUCUUCCUCACAUCACUUUUUGACAUGUUUUUUGUUUCCUCUUCUAGGAGGAAACUAAUAUGGACAUAAUUUUCCUUGAAAUACUUGAAUCAGAAUUUGAAAUUGUUGCACUCAAAACUUGAGGGACAGUAGACUUUGAAUUGAAAAAAAAACAUGGUUAAACUCGGUGAAAAGAGGGGCU